AGGAUACAAAAAGAAUGAAAACCAGGAUCGAAAUAUAUUUUUAAAAAAUGUGAAUUUGACAUCUACAGUCAACGUUAAUUGUGGUUUGGACCAACCUGACCAAAAUUUUUAGUUUGAUGCGAGUAAUCAGUUCCGCUGUUUAAAAAUAAUGUAUAAGCGUCGGCCAUGUUAUAUGGAAAUCAAAAGGGAAUAAAAUUAGUUUAAAAUUACACAAAUGUUUACAAUGUACAAUUCUUUUGAACCUGCUAAGCCUGAACCUACUAAGCAUGAACCUACUAAGCCUGAACCUACUAAGCCUGAACCUACUAAGCAUGAACCUACUAAGCCUGAACCUACUAAGCCUGAACCUACUAAGCCUGAACCUACUAAGCCUGAACCUACUAAGCCUGAACCUACUAAGCCUGAACCAACUAAGCCUGGACCUACUAAGCCUGAACCAACUAAGCCUGAACCUACUAAGCCUGAACCUACUAAGCCUGAACCUACUACCAAGCCUGAACCUACUACUAAGCCUGAACCUACUAAGCCUGAACCAGUUAAGCCUGAACCUACUAAGCCUGAACCUACUAAGCCUGAACCACUAAAAAAACAUAAAACUGUAAACUAGUAGUGUAUACUUUUCCACCUCAGAAGGACCUGGACAGGUUGAAAAAAUAAUAAAAGAAAUCCUAAUAUGGACGACCAAUCCAUAAUCUUCAGAAGAGCAGUGGGGGAGGGGGAUAAGUUACAGGAAAAGUCAGGUUUUUAAUCUGAAGAUAUCAAAAUAUAAAAGUUCUUGUUGAAUGUUAGAAAUAGAGAGUGUGGUUCUAGAGAGUGUGGUUCUAGAAAGUAUGGGUCUAGAAAGUAUAGUUCUAGAAGUAUGGUUCUAGAAUGUAUGGUUCUAGAAAGUAUGGUUCUAGAAAGUAUGGUUCUAGAAUGUAUGGUUCUAGAAAGUAUGGUUCUAGAAAGUAUGGUUCUAGAAGUAUGGUUCUAGAAGUAUGGU